AUGAUCGAUACACCGCCGCCUUGCUCUCAGCCAGAAUCUCCUGAAUUUGCUCCUCCGACUGCCAAACUAUCGUCUGAUCUCUGUGCCCAUCAGCAAAUAUCCUCAUCUUUAGGCCAAUCCAACCCCUAUGGCGUUUAUCCGUUGUACAGAUACGAAUCUUUCACCAAUGUAAACCAUCGCAAAUUGCCGUUUGCGCAUCAAAUGAUUCCCAUAUGUUCGGAGGAGACGAUGUCCUCUUGUGGAAAUUCGAGUGGAACUGAACGUCCAUCACAGUACGAUGUGGAACGGAUGAGAUCGAAUCAGGCCAACAAGUUGUUGCAAAGGCAUUUUGAUGUUGCUGCAGUGUUCACUCCAAAAUCACUAUUAUCUUCUCCUUCUUCAUCGAAACACCAGCUCUUUCCGAGUCAAACAUUACAAGCCAUCCAGCAUGAUCUCUGGUCAGGCGUCAAGCUCCGACUGGGACAUCUGCAAAAUGUGGAUGAACCUGAACAG